UACCUACUAGUAUUUCUUUGUCACAAUACUUCACUAAAUGUUUGCUGUACACCCUGCGAGAUGAGUGGUUUGUGCGACCCUCAGGGUCAAAGGUUACUGGGUUCAGCACCAGCUGAUAGAGGACACAGGAGGGAUGGCACUGAGGGGAGUAAAGGUGGUGGAGCUGGCAGGCCUUGCCCCCGCACCGUUCUGCGGGCUGAUACUGUCCGACUUUGGCGCGAAGGUGACGCGCGUGGACAAGACCAGGGCGGCCGUGUCCAUGGACAUGCUGGCCCGAGGGAAGCGGUCCGUGGCCCUGAACCUGAAACAGCAGGAGGGCGUGGAUGUGCUGAGGAGGAUGUGUCAGAAGUCGGACGUCCUGAUAGAGCCGUUCAGAGCAGGAGUGAUGGAGAGACUAGGUCUGGGCCCUGACACCCUCAUGAAGGACAACCCUGGCCUCAUCUACGCGCGGAUGACCGGCUUCGGCCAGUCGGGGUCUUUCUCUCAGAUGGCUGGACAUGACAUCAACUACAUCGGCCUCUCAGGCAUGUUGUCCCUUCUGGGUAGGAAGCACGAGAACCCCAUGCCACCCACCAACCUGCUGGGAGACUUUGCCGGGGGAGGUCUGACUUGUGCCCUGGGGAUCGUCAUGGCUCUGCUGGAGAGGACCAAGUCUGGCAAGGGGCAGGUCAUUGAUGCCAACAUGGUUGAAGGUGCUAGCUACGUCGGCUCCUUUAUAUGGCACACCCGUUUCAUGUUCUCCCAUGGCCGUGGGGAGAACUUACUGGACACUGGGGCGCACUUCUACGAGACUUACAAAACAAAAGAUGGGAAGUACAUGGCUGUAGGUGCCUUGGAGCCACAGUUUUAUGCACAGCUGCUAGAAGGUCUAGGGCUUGCCAAUGAAGACCUCCCACCUCAGAUGGACCGUGACAGUUGGCCCUCCAUGAAGGAAAGAUUUGCAACAGUUUUCUCCAGUAAGACCCAGGCAGAGUGGUGUGAGGUGUUUGACGGGACAGACGCCUGCACCACGCCCAUUCUGACUAUGGAGGAGGCUCCGAAUCAUCCUCACAACAAGUCACGUGACUCUUACCUGACCAAUCAGGACGGAGGAGUGCAGCCCCGCCCCGCGCCUCUGUUGUCGAGAACCCCCGGUGUUGGCGGGGCGGGGCCCCAGCCGAAGGUUGGACAGCACACCAAGGAAGUGAUGGUGGAGACUGGCUUCAGUGAAGAGGAGAUUCACAAGCUUGUGGAGUGCGGAGCAGUUGAGCUUGGGGGGAUCAAAUCAGCUCUGUAAAAGACCUUGUACUGCUCUACACAAUAGUUUGAAAUUCAUUUGUAGUAGACUGUUGUACAAAAUGUUACUGUAAAUCUUGAAUUGUCUGCAGUGUGUUUAUGUUUGCUGUUUCUGCAAACGCAUUUCCGAUGCAUUACCUAAAACCUCCUUUUCCCUCUUACCACAAAAUUCAGUCCUAACAAAAAUAGGUAUAUUUAGGGUAUCAUAUAUUUGUAUCAGUAAGUUUAUUUUUUGAAGCUACACUGAGGAGUUAUCAUUAAAAAAUACAUAUACAGUCA